AUGGAAAUACUAAAAAUUGUUGAAGAAUUUUUUACACUCAAUAAGAUCAAGGUCAAUGUGUCAAAAUCAGAAUUAAUUAUAAUCAAUGGCAGUAAAGAAAAUAAAAUAAAUGGAGUUAAUUUUAUCAAUGACACGAUAAUACCAGCUAAACCCUCGGAAGCAGUCAGAUAUCUAGGUAUUUGGUUACAAGAAAAUGGAAAAAAAAUAUACCAGAAAAAACUCAUUGAGGAAAAAGUUUCUAAAACUACAACGACUAUGAUCCGAAAACAGCUAACGGAUAAGCAAAGUCGAUACAUAAUAAACCAUGUAUUAUUUUCACAGAUAGAGUACCUCCUAAUGGACUAUGUAUAUCCAGAAAAAGAGCUAGAAAAAAUCAACGCCAGAAUACGAAUGGUAUUUAGGAGAUCUUGUGGAUACACGUCUAAACUACCUAAUAGUGUUCUAUACGCUGCGAUCGGAUAUAAACUUUUUUGCCUACAUAAAAGACAAUUACAAUUACAUUCGACAGAAUUAAUAAAUAGAAUCAAUAAAGUAGAUCGAUGUGGAUGGACUACAAAAGACUAUAUGUGGACAAUAAAGAGUAUUUGGAGUGCUGAAACAAUAAAUAAAUAUAAAGCACGUAACCACAACUUGACUGGAGAAAUAUUAAAACUUUUAGCAAAAAAUGACAUUGAAAUAUGUAUGAAUGGUACAAUUGACUUUCCAAUUAAACUCGGGAAUGGAAUUAUUGACAUAGAAUCCUUCAUGGAAUCAGAAACAUGGUACUAUAAGCAUAGAGAUAGUUUAAGGAAGUAUGGAAUCUUAUAUAUUGAACAACUACUGAAUGCAGAUUUGAGUAAAAUUCUAGAACUUAAAAGAAUUCACCAAUAUGAGAUUCCGCGCAGAAACGUUACCUGGUAUCCAGAAUUAAAGAAGAAAAUAGAAGAAAAUUUAAAUUAUAUAAGAGAAAAAAUUACAAACAAUUCAAUCAAUAGAUUAUCAAUAAUUGGAACAGAAAAUAAACUAAAGGGUACGUUAGUCACAAUCAAACACUCCUCAGGUCCAAUUAUUGGGAAGAUCACAUGGGAACCUAAAACAAAAGAUCAGAAAAUCAUUAUGCAACACUAUAUACAAGAAGAAUCGCAGGGAACAUUACAAUCUCCACUGGCGGCAUGUAGUGGAUGUUCAUUAAAAGAAACAAUAUCAAAUACAAAUAAUACAGAUAUCACUUAUUGCUCAAUUACAGCCAAUAUUGCUGAAAAGAGUCAACUUCCAAUUAGAAACUCGAAAUUCUCAAUUGGUAAUCAAAACGAUAACAGACAAAAAAUGAGAAUGGUUAUUUCCCCCAAUUCACUUAACAUAUACCAUAAUAAUAUCCCUACAAGAGUAAAUUAUAAAAGUAUUAGAAACAAUAUAGAUGACUCAACCUUUUUGAAAAAUAUCAUAGCCACUGAUUCACAGACAUUAGAAUAUUUGGAAG